GCCCGCAUCAGCUUUUCUUUCUCUCCUUCGCUGGCUGCUCGUUUGUGUCACUGUGUGCAAGCUUGUAGUAACUUCAAUCGUUAUCUUUCGUUUAGGGUUCUGUUCUGCUCCUUCAAUUUCGGGGAAAAUCCUCAUUCUCUAUUUAACAGCGAGGGACCCCUCCCAUGAAUUUUCGUCCCCGUUUACUGCGCAGAUCUUUGCUGCUGCUUUUGGGUAAUAGGGGAUAACCCUAGAAAUUUCAAUUUCAAGGGUUUCUCCUUCGUGUUAAUUUGUUUCUUAUUCGGCGAUUAUGGCCUAGGAUUUGGUUUAUAGUUUUGCUCUUUUGUUUUGUAUUUUUUUCUUCUUCUUUUUUUUUUUCCCUCUUCUGGGUUUCUAGAGAGUUUAGUACAACAGUAGUACUAAUGGAUGGAUUCGAUGAUGAGGGUGGCAUUGAAAAGAUCCCCAACCAGAAGGCUUUCAAGGGAUUAGCAGAGAGUUCAUCAGAUGCACGCUUUGAUGCAUCACAAUAUGCAUUCUUUGAUAAGGAUGUUAUGGAGGAGGUUGAACUAGGUGGAUUAGAAGAUGAAGAUGAUGAUGUUCCAUUAAUUGGGUUUGAUGAUGACGAGUAUCCGUUGUCUGAUAGAGAAGAGUUGCGGGGUGAAAACUUAGGAUCAUUAUCUGAUAUUGAUGAUCUUGUGAGCACUUUUUCAAAGUUGAAUAAAGCUGUUAGUGAACCCAGAACUGCUGGAGUUAUUGGCGAUAGGGGAUCAUUCUCUAGGGAAAGUUCAUCCACUACAGAGUGGGCACAAGAGUCAGAUUUUCCCAACUGGUUAGAUCCACAUAUUUUUGAUUCAGAAAAUGUUCGGGAAGGUAAAAGAUGGUCAUCGCAGCCACAUCCUUCUGCUCGUCUUGGAGACUCAAAACCAUUGUACAGAACAUCUUCAUAUCCUCAGCAGCCACAACAGCAGCAGCACUUUAGUGAACCAGUUUUAAUACCCAAGUCUUCUUUUACUUCGUACCCCCCUCCUGGUGGUCGAUCUCAGGCAUCAAAUCAGCAUUCUCACCAACUCAACAUGCCAUCUCUUGGUGGAUCUCCGCUACCCUUCUCUUCACCAAACCUGUCUCCGUUCUCUAAUUCUCAGCUUCAUUUGCAAGGCCUAUCUCAUGGAUUACAUUAUGGUGGAAACCUAACCCAAUUUGCCUCCCAAGGUCUCUCCAUGAAUAAUCGGCCACAGGGUCACUGGGGGAACCAGGCCAACCUAUUUUCUGGAGAUCAUUCCAAUCUUUUGAACAACUUGUUACAACAGCAAUUGCCUCAUCCAAGUGGGUUAGUCCCCCAGCAGUUGAUGUCUCAGCAGCAGCAGCAGCAACAACAGAGACUGCAUCAUCCAGUUCAACCAUCUCUUGCCCAUUUUUCAGCUCUCCAGUCCCAAUUAUUUGGUAGCCAUUCUUCUCCAUCACCACAUGUAAUAAGCAAGUAUGAAUCAAUGCUGGGGAUGGCUGAAUUAAGAGACCAAAGGACAAAAGCGACACAAAGGGGUAGGCAGAACCUGCGCUAUUCUCAACAAGGCUCUGAUACAAGUAGCCAAAAGAGUGAUAACGGGUGGCCACAGUUCAGAUCCAAGUACAUGACUGCUGAAGAAAUAGAAAGUAUUCUUAGAAUGCAGCAUGCUGCAACACACAGUAGUGAUCCUUAUGUAGAUGACUAUUACCACCAGGCUUGUCUUGCAAAAAAGUCUGCAGGGUCAAGGUUGAAACACCAUUUCUGCCCGACUCACCUGAGGGACCUGCCUUCCCGAGCACGUGCGAACACUGAGCCUCAUGCCUUUCUCCAGGUUGAUGCUUUGGGAAGACUACCCUUUUCUUCUAUACGCCGGCCUCGCCCUCUCCUUGAAGUUGAACCUCCAUUCUCUGCUGCUGAUGGUAGCAUUGAGCAAAAUGUUUCUGAGAAGCCUCUUGAACAAGAGCCAAUGCUUGCAGCACGAAUUACUAUAGAAGAUGGCCUGUGUCUUCUUCUUGAUGUGGAUGACAUUGACAGGCUCUUACAAUUCGGUCAGCCCCAAGAUGGUGGGAUACAACUGAGACGUUGCCGUCAGGUCCUGUUAGAGGGGCUUGCAGCAUCGCUUCAGCUAGUUGAUCCGCUUGGAAAAGGUGGGCGCACAGUAGGACUGGCUCCCAAAGAUGACCUUGUGUUUUUACGACUGGUCUCUCUUUCCAAGGGUCGGAAGCUCCUCUCAAAGUACUUACAGCUCCUCUAUCCUGGUGGUGAGCUUACACGCAUUGUCUGCAUGGCAAUUUUUCGUCACCUCAGGUUUUUGUUUGGUGGCCUCCCCUCUGAUCUGAGUGCUGCAGAAACAACAACAAAUCUUGCGAAUACUGUUUCUGCAUGUGUGCGUGAUAUGGAUCUUGGUGCACUUAGUGCUUGUCUUGCUGCCGUGGUUUGCUCCUCAGAGCAGCCUCCACUCCGGCCGCUUGGAAGCACUGCUGGAGAUGGGGCUUCUGUCAUCUUAAAAGCCAUCCUUGAGAGGGCAACUGAACUAUUGACAAAUCCUCAGGCUGCCAGCAACUACAGCAUGCAGAACCGGGCCCUUUGGCAGGCAUCUUUUGACGCGUUUUUUACUCUACUCACAAAGUAUUGUUUAAGCAAGUAUGACAGUAUUUUGCAAUCAUUGCUCAUGCAAGCCCCGCCGAAUACAGCAUCUAUUGGGUCAGAGGCUGCAAGAGCUAUAAGCAGAGAGAUGCCGAUUGAGCUGCUACGUUCAAGUCUUCCUCACACCAAUGAGCAUCAGAGGAAGAUAUUACUGGAUUUUGCACAGCGCUCCAUGCCUGUUACCGGAUUUAAUGCCCAUGGCAGUGGUAGUGGAAGUCAAAUUAAUUCUGAAUCAGUUCCUGGUUAGUAAAAAAGAAGCCUUAGGAACAAUGUGUAGUUGGAUUAUUGUAUUCUCUGUUUUCCAAUCCUUAUAUGCCUGUUCUGUGUGGGUCCGACAGAAAAAUGGGAUGACAGCAUCAGGGGUUCAGCACUUAGCAUAGGAUCAAGUGUCUUUCGCUUUUCUUUCCCCCCAUUGUGCCUUUUUUUUCUUUACUUUCCUUUCUUUUUCAAUGUCCCUUUCCCACCUUUUUUCAUUUGGUGAACCUGUAGUAGGCCUAUAUGUGUAUUAUGUUGAAAACUCUUUCGGGGACGGGGAGUCUGACUGGAAGAUUUUCUUCUGGGGAGCUUAAUUUUGGUGCUCUGUCGGAACUCCAAACAAAAUGGAUUUAGGGGAAGAGAAAAUGUACAGGGAACAUUACAGAAGGCCUUCGAUUUUCCUUUCAUGUCAUGUACUCUUUCGUGCUUUUAUUUUCCCUUUACUUUUUUCAAAGAGGGGGAGUAUCCUCAAUUACUGUUUUUUCUUUUUUUAUUCGUUUUUUGUUAAAAUGGGUGAAUUUCUGUCUACUCUUUAUUAUGGACAGUGAAAUUGGGGGACCUUUGGUCAUGUCAUGUACUUGGUAUAAACAGGUUGAUAAGAGAGAUGCUCUCUGAAUAUUUGACGAAGAGCCUGUAACCAUUGAAAGCUUUUGGUAAUUAUCUACCUUAAAUGUUGUACCAAGUUAAAGGGUUCUUGUUUAAAUUGAUUUCCAACUGUUAAGCAUCUGGUAAUA